AGGUCGUGGAGGGGUCUUCAGAAUCAAAACCAGAAGCGGUACUUAGUACCAAAACCAAACAUAGAAAGCAAAGAUGAUCCCACUUUCCAAUGCGUCGAGCUCAAAAUCCGAUCUGCGGAAGCAGGUCGGUAUCCAGCCUUCCCAGCCACGCAAGAUGAAAACGUCUAGUACUUCGCCGAGGAAGAAAGCGCCAGGAGCAGGGUCCUCAUCGUCUUUACAGGGCAAUAAAAAUCUCGUCCCUGGCCACGCAGAGCAAAACGUCGAGGAGCUACUGCGUAUGGCGAAGACGCUCGGCGCCUCGAGUCCGUCGAAAGCGAGGAGGAACAGUCCGAGAAAGAAGUUCAGCCCGAGAUCUCGCGCCGAGGCGGGGACGAACAAGACGGGUGCUACAGGUGGUAGCGGUAGUCACCAGCAACCUGCAAUGUCCUCGGCGAAAAAUUUUCCCACAAGUAGUACUGCAUCAAACCCGACCUCGGCCACCGGACUUCUCCAGCGUAGACCCCCACCAGCCGUGCAAGCUACGCCGAAGGUCCAUGCGGCGGAUCUGAUCGCAACACAUCAUGUUCAACAAAAUAGGCGUGGUGGUACAACUGCCGCUGGUCGUGGUAGACUAUCGUCGCCAAAGAGCCGGAACAGCAGAUCUCCAUCGCAGCCGAUCACUUCUGGUACGGCCCCCGCACUGGGCAGAAGCAGGAUCGAGUCCAUCGCCGUGCACGCUGCCCUGAGCUCGUCUUCCGCAACUCCCGGGAGACCAGGUUACCACGCCGCGGCGAUGAAACCGCAUGCUAGACCGGCCGGGUCCGAACGUGCGCCGACGGUGGAGGCGUCGCAACAAAGCGGCGGAGGGGGUGGAGUAGGUGUUCAAGAAAAUAGUACACGUCGGCCCAGCCAAACCCGGCGGUCGCUGGGACCGCGGAUUCCGGCUCACGACAGUGCGAUUGUCGGGUCGGAUGAAGAAUUUGUUGCGGACAAGGAAUCGACGAUGCGGCGGAACACGAGCAACAGUAGCAGCAAGGUGCGGUUUAUCCAGGAAAAAACAAACACACCCAUCCAUCUUUUGCAUGGCAAACACUGGAUGUUACGCGUGUUAUGCAUGACAAAUUGGAUCAUAAGGAAAAGGAGGGGGAUGGGUGUUUUUUCCUGGAUACGGUUCUCCAACACGGUCGAGGUAUCCAACAUGGUGGAGCAGAUGAGUAGUGGGUUGGCUGUAUCAAAUGCAAAUAUGUCUGGGUCUGGAAAGUUGGAACUUGUAAUGCUCGCUUUACAUACCUGGGAAAUCUGUAUUGCUAACCGACAAAUAAAGCCGCACCCAUUUUUGUCAUGCAAAAACGCAGUUUCUCAUGCGGGCUGCCUAUGAGAAAGUGCUCCGGAAAGUUGUCAUGCUGGUCUGCAUUCGAUAGUAUUUCCAUCAUGCACAUUUUAGGAUCACAAGUUUCCAGGCCCAGACAUAUUUGCAUUUGACUGGCCGCGUUAGAGGGUCUCGUCCAAGUGAACGGGCAUGAGCUGCGGGAGAAGAAUUCGCUGGAAAAAAGGGUAUCGGCGCUGGAAGCGGGGAGAAGCACGGGAGGCGGAGGAGGAGGGGGAGAGGUGGACAUCAGUGCAGUAGAGGAUCCAACCGGCGUCGCAGAGCUUUUGAAACUCGAGCAGGAACUGGCGGAACUCCAGCAACACUUGAACACGCACGACGAAACGAUCGAGAACUAUGCGUUGCGAAAGCAUCGUAAUCGCACUAGUUAGUAUAAAUAGCAUCUCCAUGAUCUUCACAAAUUUGGGCACAGACAGAGGUUGACUUUGUGAAAUGUUGUUUCAGGUUUGGACAGAGGUUUGUCAUGCACGACCACAUCAAUGACUGCAAUUUGUACAACGAGUGCGAAAUAACUUUGGCACAGCAUAAGAACCACAAGAAACAAAUGAUUUCCACGACCGGGCAAACGGCUUUCCAAGCGACAAACAGGUUCAUGAAACAAGCAGGCAAUCAUCUACAACCGUGGCAACCGCAACAUCAAAAUCGGGCGACGGCUCCUGCGGCUUUCCCCGUGCCAACUGGCGCGCAGCCGGUGUUUGCGGGAGGUGGGGGGAAAAUAGUAAGUGCCGCGCCAUCUUCUACUAAUACCGCUGCUGGGUCAACAGCACAUCAAGCUGCACAAGAUGUCAUCGUGCCCAGCCAACAGCAACACAUAAUUCAGCCGCACCCGCUGCCGCAACAACUGCUCGCCCCGCAGCAGCAGAUCAGCCGACCGCUGCCGCAGAUUGUCACGCCGGUUUUGCAACCAAGAACGACCGUGCCGGUUGUCGUGCAGCCGAUGCAGCUGAAACCCAGGUUGCCACGUGACAGCGCAUCUUCAUCCAGGAAGACGGAAAACGUCGCCGUUCUUGCAGGGGGGCAUGAUCUACUUCAAAUGGACGCUGUUGUUGACCAAGAAGAAUCAAUCAGACCACCGCCAGCAGCGACCGAGCUGAUCGUGCCGCUGAGAGAAGAUGAUAGUUAUCCUGCAGGUCCUCCAGCUGCGCAUCUUCCUACCGGGCAGAGACCUGUCGUGCCAGGUGGAGCUGCUAGUGCUAGUGGUCCGAAUAAUGCCGUACAACAAAUAGUAAAUAAUAAUAAACCACCACCAAUUGCAGUUCCCGUUCCUGCCCCGACUGGAGGUGCUGGUGCGACGCCGCCUUCUAUUUCGCCCGCAUCUACUUCGACUGCACAGCAUCAGCAAAGAGAUCUCGAAAACGCUCAGUUCCCACCACCCGGAACUACAGACACAACGGAGCAAGUCGUGACCCGGCAGCUCUCCCCGCGUCUUCCCGAAGGCCAGGUGUGGACGAUAGAUUUGCGAACCGGGCAACCGAUGCCCUACGACCCGGAAAUAAAGCAGCAGAAAAUUAUACCGAUCAUGCCGUACAAGAGCCAUAGGCCGCUGCCAGACCUGAUGAACCGCAUGGCGAAUCGCAUGGCGUCGAGUUCAGCAUCGAGAUUGUCCGCGUCAGCUACGUCUUUAGCUCGCGUGGUGCCUGGUGGAGUUGCAUUUCGGGGUCCAUCUACUGCUUGUUCCGGAGAGCAGGACAGUAGCUCCAACCGCAGGAGCACAGGGGUGGCUUAUUUGAAUACGUCCUCCACCUCGCGCUCGCCCGGAACAAGGUUGAUGAACAAUCGUGCGACGGUCGCCUCAACCAGGCCGCGAGCGGCAACCGCAGUGGGACUCGUGGCGACGACGUCCCCGGGAGAAGAUGAAAGGCGAGCACCAGGAGUACAACCGGUGGCUAGUAUCCUUUGCAAAAGUAUCGUACUCCUACUAAAAUCACACGAUUGCACGACAAGUCUACGUUUCUUACCUGACUCUACAUGAGAAAUUGCACUUUUUUUCUUGAGAAAAUUUGUCAUGCGAAACAUACUAGUGCGAUGCUUUUGCAGUGCAUAGUGGUUCAACAACAAGAACUACCUCCGCUCGCGUCGCCGCCGACAAGGCUGGGCCAAUCGGUAAGCUACGGGAUGUUGACCUCGCCACCAACGGUGAUCCGCGGGACGUCGGCCACCGCCGCUGCACGACUCCCGUCUUCCUCGCCGCAGGCUUCCCGCGACGAGAGGGCAACAGCUACAACAACUUCUGGUCCACCGCCCCGCCUUGCGCCCUCUCCCGGCGGAAUUAUUCCAACCGUGCGGAGCUCCUUACCGGCGGCCGCGACCAGAAUCAGGAACGCGCCGAUGACCUGGAACUUACCGGACUACCGCCGUUCGAAGUCGCCGACGAGCGGUGGUUUUCCUAGUACGACACUGUUUGGUGCUGCUGUUGCUGGGAGUUCAAGUUCUUCUUCUUCUUCGAAAUCACCCUCGACGCAGGUACGGCAAAUAAACCAGGAAGAAUCUUUGAGCAAAACCGCCCCUCCAGCACCUGUCGAAAUUAUGAACAAUUCCGUUCCCGCGAUUGUGCGAGAUCGGGAUGUGGAACUGGUGCACGUCCAAGAGGGGUUGACGAUAAGCCCGAUUCCCCUUGUUCCGCAGGCGAUGGCGGAUGAACAAAUCGAAGCGAUAAAAAGAAUGAAACCACAUCAGCGAGAGAUCAUGAAAACAAGUGUGGACGAACUGGAAAUCAACCUUAAUCUAGACCUUGUUUCCCCGACGAGCAGAUUGGUGAAUACGCAUACUGAUUCCAACCACCCCGCCCCACGACCUGUUUCAACGCUGCAAGCGGACGUCGUUUCCCGAGCAACCGACGGCGCUUUUGUCGCGAGACAGCAGCUGCGAGGGGAGUUGGUAACGCAGUCCGUGAUGGAAGCGGUGCAUUUUGAAGAGGAGAUGAAUGAGAAACAACAGCAGCGGGAAAGAAGUGUCAGCGUCGAGGAACAGGUCGAGAUGCGGAAAGAAAAGUUGCUGGCGGGAAUGAACGCGGGAGGAGGAAAUGAAAUGCAGAAAAAUUAUCCAUCUUCUCUCGUCCGUCCCACCGAAGUUCGCCACAUGAUGCAGGCCGCCUUCCACGACAGUGUCGCGAAUGAGGAUGUUUUAACUUUCGACAUCCUACAGCCACCGGUAUUUGAAGAUGGUGCAGCUGCUGGUGGUAGCACAACUACGCAGCAGCAACAGCUGAAGAAAACUUUGUUCGCGACGGAAGAUUCUAUAAGUAAGAAAACCGUGGAUAUGGCAGCACAAAUGGAAAAAAUCAAUUUGAACUCCUCGUCUCAAUUGCUCGAAGCAUCCACGCUCUCCCCCGGCGCGCCGCCCUUCAUUCCGACGCAGUACGCGUUUGCAGGGCAGGAGCAAGCCGUCGCUGAGGCCGUCACUGGCAUCGGGUCCCCGCCGGGAUCGGGCAGGAGGGUGGCGCCCGUAGUUUUUCCGUCACCACCACGGUUUGUGUUCAACGAGGAGCCGCCGCAGGUAUUGUUGCCGUGGUUUGUCAUGCAAGCACACAAAUGACACUCGUCGAACUAAGUAGUCUACUUUGCACAUACAAUAAAUUCCAUAUUGAUGAAAUUAAUCUUGUUUUCAGGCCUCCUCUUCUUCCUCCACCGCAGAGCCCGUAGUUUUGGUUGGUGAGUUUCAAGUCCAGGGCCCCUACGAAGGUAGUAUGCAUUGCAAAAGUAUCGUACUCGUAUAAAUGCAUCACAAAUAAUUUCCUCAGCAAGAAAAAUAAAAUUUGCCAUGCGGAUUUACCUUACGAAAACAAAUUGUAAUGCAUGACUGCAAUUACCACGAGUACGAUAUUACUUUUACACAGGAUAGGUAGCCCAACCCGACAAAUCAAAAUAACUUCCCCGAUCAAGCUGAACGAGGACGGGUCGUUUCCGAGCAAGGAGGAACUGCAGGUCCAGGUCACCCCGUUGCUGAACAAAGCCCGGUAUGAAUUGAAAAAGUAUCGUACCACGACGUAGAGAUUGCAUUACAAGUUUGAUGCCUAGCAUGAAAAAUGGAGCUUGUAGUGCUGAUUAGCGAACAACACAUGCAGAUCUGUCAUGCAGUAUUGCGAUCAGGAUCACCGUCACGAGUAGCGCGAUACAACUUGUGCACAUGAUACCCGGGAGGAGGUCUUGCGCGACGCCCAGCUCCUGCAGCAACAGAAGAUCUUCGGCGGGAUCGUAGAUCAUGUACAGGACCAAGGAGCUUAUGCUGAAAUAUUUCUGCACCAAGAAGGACACCAGAAGGCCGCUCUUGUUUAUGGCCAAGAUGGGCAUCGGCAUGGGCGUCACCUAGGGCAAGAUGAAGAAAAUGAACAAGAAGACCAGCCAUACUACGAGUCCGGUUUCAACAUCGCACACGUCGAUUUAGUGCCGACGUCGUACCAGGAGCAGCCUCCCGAGCAGGAGUGCUGGGUGGAUUACGAAGACGAGAAAACAAGUCAGAAUCCUUCCGACGAUCAUGCUGGAGGAGUCCUCGCAGCCUCUACCUUGCAGAACGAGGACUACAGCUGCAACUACUAUCCAGGAAAAAACAGCCAUCUCCAUCCAUUUUUUGCAUGACAAAAACUGCAGCUUAUGCAUGUUUUGCAUGACAAAUUGGAUGGGAGUGGGUGUUUCUUUCCUGGAUAACUACCGGGCGCUCUUCCCCGAGCAGUUCUCGGCGAAUAGCGGGUGGAUAUGCAUUGCAAAAGUAUCGUACUAGUCUGACUUGCAUCACAAAUUUUUUCAAGAACAAAAUACUCCGUUAGAAAGUUAAAUGUGUCAUGCAUUACUGCAAUUCCUACGACUGCGAUACAACUUUUGCAGAGGAUGGUGUAGUCAAAACAGCUACUCCGAAGAUGAACCGCCGGAGGUUCUUCUGCAUCAAGAAGAAAGAACGCAAGAUGUUGCUCUUUUGCCCCCGGACCACGUGGAGGGACACGACAGCAUCCCGGAAGCGCCACUUCCAGCGCCGACAAAGAAUUCGCCACAUCCACCGACCAGAGCACCUCCGCCGACCGUAGACCAUGCAGGAGGAGUAGUAGAAUUAUAUCCUGGUAGUUCGCCCGACCACGCGGCCAGCACCAGCAACUAUUCCGUGCAGCGUCGUGAAAGGACGUAUCUGUCCCCAAACAGGCGGCAUACACCGUACGAGCGAAACAAGGGAUUUGAAGAGCAUGUAUCAAGUGCAAAUAUGUCUGGGCCUGGAAGGAGGCAAGGUUUGUCAUGCACAUUUUGCAUGAUUCCCGAUGUCUGUGAUGCAUGCCCUAGCAUCACAGAUUUUGUGAGGGUUUCCUGAUGCCUACACCGCAUGAGAAAUGGUCUCUCGCCGUGGCAAAAACUGGACCUCUUUUGCUGUUCAUGCAAUACAGAUUUGUGUAGAAUCCAAAUGCAGCAUCACAAGUUGCAUCCUUGUUCCAGACCCAGACAUAUUUGCAAUGCAUAGCAUGCGGGUAGAAACAUCUUCGCGGAUGAUUUUGCACCGCCGCAUUUGGUGGAGAUGGCGAACAGCAACAACGUGGCUCCAGCUGGACCACGAGAUGAGAUGCCUCUAGAAGCAGGGCCGGUCGACGAUAAUAUGAAGAAGCUGUUUCACACCAACAUGAAUGACAAUGAAGGUGAAGAAUAUCCAAGAAACUACAAGCCUGGUGUAGAAGCUGUUCCCUGCUCGUCGAGCAAAAAGGUCGAUGACAGUCUCGAAUUGUCGCCGUCACCCGAAGAUGAGUCACCGACAGUUUUUGCAGCUCGUGAUAAUAUCCCAGUAGCUGCAGUAGCAGGUGGACAUGAUCUUCUCCAUGAUCAACCACAGAAUGCAGUUCUUGCAAACGAUCCGCUUCCGCAGCAGGCGAAAAAUGAUUUCGAAGACGGCGAUGGCCACAACAGCGUCAGCGAGCAGUCGAUUUCCCCGUUGCAAAUCAGCACUCGCACGAAGUCGCAGCCGCCGGCUUGUUCAAGCCCGGAGGAGUUCUACGAGUCGCAGCUGCAGCCAGAUUACCAGCAACGGUCCUCCCAACAGCACUACGACCAGCAGGCUUUCUACAGUCAAAACUCGUUUUCAAAGCAAGCUUCCUCCUCCUAUUACGAAGCGGACUCCAUUCCACUCGAACAAGACCAGGAAGACGAGCCGAUGCAAUCGCGAAAUUCCUCCGUGCAAGAAGUGAUGCAGCACUUUCACUUUUACCCAGCCUGCAGCGUGCCCUCGGUUAUUUCUAGUGUGGUCGACGGCAGCUCCUGCACGGGACCUCUUGGACAUCAACAUGGCAAUCCUUCGCAAAGAAAUAAAACGCAGCAAUCUUUGGUCCAGCGGGUCAGCAGCUCCAGCGGUUCUCCCCUGGUAGAGGUCGCUUUGGGAAAUUUGUUUCGAAAGGCAGAGGCGACGCAAGGUCGGUCGUUGUUUGUAGUUGCAGCAGGAAACUCUUCUUCCGCCGGGGGAGCUGCAGGGGCGGGGACUACACCGCGGCAACCAUCAUCUACUUCCUCCUCCGCACUAUGCAUUGCAAAAGUAUCGUACCCCUACCCGUGUAAAUGCAUUACAAAGUUCCUCAGCAUGAGAAGAAAGGUUUGUAAUGCGGAUGUCCCAUAAGAAAAAAAUUUGUAAUGCGUGAUUGCGAUACAACGAGCCCGAUACUUUUGCACAGGAUACGCACCCUCGUCGAGCAAAUUGACUGCGUCGAAGGCCUCCUCUAGCACGGGACCAAGCGGGUUUGCUGCCAUCGUGGAAGAUCGGACGCUACUGCUCGAAUGUGAUAAUAAUUAUGGUGGACCCGUUUUCAAGAAAGUUCUUCCUGCCACAAAGAACCCAAGAGCAGCAGUGAAAAGUUCGCAGCAGAAGCCACUAGUGUCGCCGAAUGUUGUGCAGAAGAAGCUUGUUGCUUCGGUUGUGGCACGAGGUGUAAGCACGUCCUUUUCAUCACUGAACAAAAACAAGCAGAGUCCGACUGUGGCUUAUUCCCGGGCGGGGCACGGUCCAUCUUCUCGGUCAGACAGUGCAAAUAGUAGAGGGGCAGCUGCCACCAGGACCAGAGGAGCUUCAUCUGUGACGACGAAUCGCAGCCAGUCGCCAGUGCCAGGAGUUUCACAACAUGGACUACCCGGCUCCGCGCGAAAAAUCCUGAAGCGCGGCGACGGGUAUUUGGCUUCAAAGUUGAAGACUUUGACGAAGUCGGAUGCGAUCCUCGGCCGUGCGGUCUCGCCAGCUUUGCCAGAGAGGAAAUUGAGAAUGAAAGCCGAGUUGCAGGAAGUAGGUGCUAGAAGUGUAGGUGCUAGAAGUACAACUUCCGCAACGUCGCGUGGUGGGACGAGCGCUGUGGCUGGUGUAGAAGUUGUACCUCCUGCAGAUGAAGAGAUGAGGAACAGGAACACGAACACCAUGACGGGGCAAGAACACCAACAGCAUCAACUACGAGCUCCGCAUACCGCCAGGGCCGCAAUAGUUUCUACGAGGGAUCACGACCACGAACAUACGUCGCACCGUCGCCCGCAGUCGUCCCGAGAGCUGCAGCAGGCGCGACGACCGGUGAGUACUUCUAAAAGUAGUGCCGUGACGAGGACACCGCGAUCUGAUUCGAAAGAUGCUGGGGCGCCGUCUAGCAGUGCAGGAGCUCGGAAUAAGAAAACCAGCAGCCUGAAGGGCUGGGUGGAAGUAGUGGCGGGUCCUCGUGGUCCGAGCAACAAGAAGUCGCUGUUGCGGAAGCCGUCCGCCUCGCCCGGAUCGAAAAAACACUUGCAACUGCGACAAAUUUCAACUUCCGCGGCGCACACAUCUUUUACCUCGUCGCCACAGGAUCAGGGGCAAGACACUGAUAUGAUUACGAGAAGGUCGUCUGCUUCUGCAGUUUGUUCCGCAAUGAUUAAAAAAGGGGCGACAGGAGUAGAACAACAACAAGAAUUACCAGCCCCUCCCUCCGUUUCUCCGAUCGCCGAAUCAUCUGGUGAUGACGCCAGCAGCGACGGAGCGAAGAAUAAGCCGGUCCGGAUUAGUUUGCUGCGCGCGCGGGAGCAAGCGCUGUCUUCGCACACGAUGAAUUCGGUUGCUUGCGAAGAUGUUGCAGGCGGAGUUGUCGUGCCGGAGCAGGGACAGGAAGAACUACAGGGCACUUUUUACCCCUCCCCAACAGAGGUGAACAAGUGCGCCAGAUCACCUUCCGUUUUACUUGAAGAGGAGGAGGCGAGCAGACAGCGCUCCAACACAGAGGACUUCAUUGCGGAGAAUUUUGCCAACACGUCUUCACUGUUUUUAGAGCAGUACUAUCAAGAACAACAGGCGUCGACGCCGCCGGACAUUUCCAGCAGGGACUAUUGAUCACUACAACACACUCGCUGACGAGAAAAACAAGGGUUACGAAAGCACCAGCGGAUCAAAAAAAAAAAACAGAAAGACUCUGCUUAUCUUCACUUCUUCAAUACACGACAUUUCUUUCCUAAUUUACGUUUACAACUCUUAUUUGCGUGUGGUCUAUGCAUUUUUUAUAGAAAACUGAUUACGUAGUCGUACUAGGACCCUUGCAACAACUCGAAGAUCCAAAUCAGAAUUCACAAACAUGGAUAUAAAAAACACGAUAACAAGUACAACUUAAGAAGAUGAGGCCGAAAGACUGCGAAGAUCUCAAAUGUGCAAAAAUUCGGGCUCUGACGUGUACGAUGAUCUUCAAGACAGUUUCUAAUAAGAAAUCAAUGCACUUUUACACAUGUAAUUGGGCUUGCACCGGCAUCGAAAAUGAAACGAAGUCAUGAUGAUUAAAUCGGAGCAUAUAGUAAAAAGAAUUUCCCGUACUUAUUACACAAGGCCAUUGCCAGAACCUACUUGUCCCUUGUCGUAAC